UAAAAGAUGCAAUUAUUUUUUGUUCCAACGGACCACCAUUAUCUCUCAAACCGAAACUACAUGUACUUUGAAUCUUGAAAGUCAAAAUGGCGGAGGGUACACCUAAAAUUGAUCCCACUAUUUACAGUUGUCCGAUUUGUUUGGAAAAGAUUAUCACGCCCAAACGGUUACCCUGUUGUCAUACUUUUUGUGAAAAAUGCCUGCAGACUUUUAUAUCUAGGGCUGCAAUUGGAAAAGAUCAAGAGAACUUUGACUUUGAAUGCCCUGUGUGUCGUCGCGUUACUGGUCGACCGGAACCAGGGAUCGUUGUGGACGAAUGGGCUAAAUAUUUUCCAACCAACAUACUGGUCAACUCAUUGACAAGUUCGAGUGCUGAAAAAUCCGAGGAAAAAAUGUGUGCCAUUUGUUUGCGGGACGACAAAAAAAGUAAGGCGGAGUCAUGGUGUAAUGACUGUGCAGAGGCUAUAUGCCCUUCCUGUAAACAACUUCAUCAACUUGUUGGUAGUCUGCAAAAACACAAAAUCUCAACAUUGCGAUUUGAUGACAAAGAUUAUAAACCAAAAUAUCCGGAUUUGGAUGAACCUUGUCAUUUACAUCAAGGUAAAUAUCUUGAAGUCUUUUGCCUAGAUCACGAGGCCCUCUGUUGUAGUGUUUGCUUUGCAACACAACAUAGAUACUGUGAACACGUGGAACCAUUAGAUGAAGUUUCCAAAAAUAUGUCAAAAUUAGCUAUCAAAGGGAUUAUAGAUGUUCUUUCUAAAAUAUCGAAGAUAACAGAAGAAACCAUUGAAUUCAAAGAAAAGGAAAUAAUUAGCAAAAGCGCCAAACGUGAAGAAAUAAUGAAAAAUGUUUCGACAGAAAUUUCGAACAUUAAAAUAGAACUUGAUGAACUGCAGAGACAGUUUGAAAAAGGUCUACAGAAAAAGCAUGAAGAUAUUGAAGAAAGGUUGAAACAAUGUGUUUUUGAUUUGAAGCAAUACCUUUUGACGAUUAAAAAUGGAAAGGUUCUUCUUUCUGCCAUUGAAGAAACAGGCUCCAGUAAACAAGCAUUUCUCUCUGCAGCAAAAACCAUAAGAGAUGUGGAAGAACAGUUUCAACAUUAUAAAACUAAAAACCCAGAAGACGAAGUCUGUGAUUAUGAACAUGAUCAUACCACAAUUCUGAAACAGAUUUUUGAACGCAGCAAAAUAGAUGACGUCAAGCUGCCUACAAAACCGUCAGGAACUAUUUGGAACUUGGGUAAGCAUUUAUCUUCAUUUGACAUCUUUAAGACAGUACAAAAGGCAGAAACUUCAAAAGUCUUCGAGAAUUCUUCAAAUUCCAUGUCACUGACAGCAGUGAAGAAAUCGGAAUUUGAAUUAUCUUCACCUUCACGCCUUGGCAUUUUCUUGAACGAAGAAACGCUGGUAAUGGUUUUAUCGCCAAAUACUUUGCUAUUUUGCAAUCCUAUCGACGGGACAAAGAUUCCUUGCAAUCCUCCUUUGGAAGUUACAGGACAGCCAUUCUUGGUCGUUGGACCAACCAAUGAUACUCUGUACAUCAGCUGCCUAACCAAAAUUCGAAAAAUGAAGAUAAGAAAAAAAACAAAUAGUGGCAGUGCCUCUUGUGUUGAAGAAAUUGAUUUAAAACAAGACUUUGGCGUUUUUUGCGUUGACAAAGAUGAAAGCACAAUAAUAACAGCAUCCCAAGUUCAGGUGACCAUCUAUAAAAUAUCUCCCGUUUUAUCAGUUGCUCACACGUUUGCCUUUCAAAGUCCAGUAACUGGUCCCAUAUUGGCCUUGUCUAAAACAGGGGACCGGUUUGUUAUACUUAGUGCAAAUGAAGAAGUCAUUUGUUACUCAAUAACUGGAGAAGAAAGAUUUAGGUAUCAAAACCUAAAUAUGAAGAGCCCUCGAUGUUUGUCAUUCGAUCCACUUAAUAACAUCUAUGCAGUGUAUUGCAAAAAUAAGAGCUGCCAAAACUUUUAUAUCCAAUGUACAUGUAGAAACCUGCAGUUUGGUAUGCAUAAUUUUGGAUAUGAUUUAAAUUCUGAUUCUUAUUCUGUGACGAUAUAUGGUGCUCGCCACAACAGAUGUCAAUCUUAUGUACAAGGUAAUUGUCAAUAUUGUGGACAACCACCAAAUGCACAUUUAGAAAAUGGCGGACUUUUCCAGAUAAUGCAUGAUGGAAGUACUGGUCGAUGUCUUAUCUCGGAUUAUCCUGGAGCCAUUUUUCUGUCUUUCAGUCAAUCAUACGAAGACUUUUUUAUUUCUAACGGAAAGAAGAUUUCCAUUUACAAGUUGAAUUGCUGAGUUAAAAAAAAAUAUCUUUUAUCGUUAAACUAUCUGUGAAUGUUUGUCUUUAUUAAUUAUAGCCAAUUUCAGCUCGGCUUUUGAAAGUCAAGAGAUCAAUAUCUCACAGACAAUAUUUAAUUUCAUAUAUAUUUGAUUACAUAUAAUGAUGAAAUGGAGAUAUACAUACGUCUGCAUAACAUACAAAUUCAAAAUAUAACUCAAUUUCAUUGUGUCCUUUUUGCAUUCGCUUAUUACAAAAUUUUUCCUAGAUUUCAUAAUUCUUUUACAUUUUGCUAACUAUGUCCAAUAAUUUCAUGCAAAAAAUAUUCUAUAUGUACAUCACUAUAUGUAUUAUCUUCCCAGACCUUGAUCAGUCAAUAAAUUAUAAGCAGAGUCUUUAUCUGGUAAUUGGUAGUCUUUAUAACAUAUUUUGUAAUACACGAGUAAGAUUGGAAGGUAAAAUUAUUAAUAAAAUUUUAAUAAAUGA